GCAAAGGGAGCCCCCGAAGCCCUAAUAUCCAAGGAGCUCUCGGCGUGACGUUUAUCAUGGACGCGGCGAGCCUCGGUGAUGGCCUACAACCGGCCGACGCCGCCCACUUUGGCCUUGACGGCUCGUCCUUUUUUCGAGACUUUACCGACAUCGUCACGGCCCUUGUGCUCGGCUUUCUCAUCCUCAUCACCGUCGUCGGCAACAUAUUUGUGAUAGUGGCAAUAAUGAUGGAGAAAAAUCUUCAGUCGGUGGCAAACUACCUGAUUGUGAGCCUAGCAGUGGCCGACCUCAUGGUGGCGUGUCUCGUCAUGCCCCUGGGAGCCGUUUCCGAGAUAAGGUCCGGUUGGACGCUGGGGCCGAUGUUGUGCGAUCUGUGGACCUUCUUCGACGUACUCUGCUGCACGGCCUCGAUACUGCACCUAGUGGCCAUCGCGGUCGACAGAUACUGGGCUGUCACGGACAUCAAUUACAUACAGGCGCGAAAUCCGCGGAGGAUAGGGUUCCUGGUGGUUGCGGUGUGGGUCGUGUCGCUUGGCGUAUCCUUGGCGCCUCAGCUCGGCUGGAAGGACCCGGGCUACCUGGACCGCAUCGCCGAGGGCAAGUGCCUCGUAUCGCAGGACUCGGCGUACCAGAUAUUCGCGACGUGCGCGACGUUCUACUUGCCACUGCUGGUCAUCCUUUUCCUCUACUGGAGGAUAUUCCAGGCCGCGAGGAGACGGAUCCGCAAGCGGCCCGGCACGACGAUCCAGCCGCCCCGGGAGCGCAAGGGACUCCUGAAGCUCGUCCAGAGAAGCCCGAGGGAGGAGUCGACCGCCUUCACCAUAACCCGUUCGACGCCCGAGCCCUCGUCCGUCUCCCCGGAAAAGACGUCCUCGCACAACGGGGCCCAGCCACCGUCGGUGGGCCUGGUGACCGCACUGAGCGGCGCGACCUCGGCAGCUGUGACAACGACGACAGCCGCGCCAGCCAAGACGGCGGUAUCGACGCGCCGCGGCCGAGAGACGAUGGAGGCGAAGCGCGAGCGCAAGGCCGCCAAGACCCUGGCCAUAAUAACCGGGGCCUUCGUCGCGUGUUGGCUGCCCUUCUUCCUCGUCGCCCUCGUACAAGCCCUCUGCGAGCCCUGCCAGCCACCCCCGGACUUUGUCGCCAGUAUCUUCCUCUGGCUGGGCUACUUCAACAGCACCCUCAACCCCGUCAUCUACACCGUCUUCUCGCCCGAGUUUCGCCAGGCCUUCAAGAGGAUACUCGGGCUCGCGCCUCCUCGGCCGGCGCGCUGAUCUCCCGUGAGUCUCUCGACUGCGGGACCGAAGAGCCGCGGGUGGGUGUACGAGCCAAACGGGGGAUGCUGCUCAAUCGGCGCCACUCCCGCGGGUGCGUUUGAGUGUGAGAAACUGGUGCACCUUCUUACCCCGUGGUGCAA